UGGUGGUCACAAGACCCCGAGCUGAGAGCGAAAGUAAGGCAGUAACCUCGCAGCUCUAGGACCCUGCGGCCCGCUGCUCUGGAGGUGUCAGCACUCUCUAGUGCCGGAGCAGGACACCUACUCCGACAGACUCUUGAUCAAUUAUUUUUAUGCAAGUGUCUAUCCGGAGGGUCAGUCUGGAGAUGGCUGCGAAUCGGGUGGGGAGGCAUAAUAACAAUAAGACCCACUCACCUAACCGAGGCACCAGCCAGGAAGCUGGACUGAGUGUGCAGAAGAGACAAGCACGAGUCACAGUAAAAUAUAACCGAAAGGAACUCCAGAGGCGCCUGGAUGUGGAAAAGUGGAUAGAUUGUGGACUUGAUGAGCUGUAUUUGGGAAGGGAAGAUGAUAUGCCAGAAGAAGUGAACAUUGACGAGCUACUAGAUCUACAAAGUGAUGAAGAAAGGAUGCAGAAGCUAAAGGACAUCCUUCAUACCUGCAGAAACAACACAGAAGUCUUCAUCAAAGAAUUGGUGAAUAAACUUCAUGGCUUGCAGAAACAAGAAGAUCUUCACAACAAUGGGAUUGAACAACCCCAGCUUCACAUCUUCCCUGAUCCCCAGGGCUCUCCUGACACUGAGAGAAACUGAGCACCUGCUCAAACAUCUACAGCUCUUCAGUCUCUUGUAUCAAACACGCUUCAUAUCAAGGCAUCAGAAGAAUAUAUUUGUCUUUUUAAUUUGUGAAG